UAUCGACCAGGAUCAGUACUUCGAGGCGAUGAUCGAUCUGUCUCGUUGGGAAAACGACUACAUGUUCCGACAACUCCGAGAGGUGGUGAACAGGACAGACUGGAGGUCACAUGGUACAAUCACUAAAGUAAACGCUUUCUAUGUUCCUUGGGAGAAUUCCAUGGAAAUUCCAGCUGCGAUUCUCCAGCAGCCGUUCUUCAGUGCUCGGGUUCCUCAGUACGUGAACUACGCCACGAUAGGGGUCACUAUUGGUCACGAGAUUACGCAUGGAUUUGAUGAUGUGGGAAGCCAGUUUGACUACAAGGGUGAUCUUAACGAUUGGUGGGAGACGGAGAGCAAGAAGAAUUUUAAUGAGAAGAAGAUGUGUAUAAUAGACCAAUAUGGCAGCUAUAAAGACAGCCAGACUCAAUUGAACCUGAACGGCAUCACCACACAGGGAGAAAACAUAGCGGACAAUGGUGGAUUGAAGUUGGCCUAUCUUGCGUACCAUCGGAUGGCAGAUCAGCUGAUGGAACCGGAACCAGGGCUGCCAAACUUGGAACAAUACAGCAACGAUCAGCUGUUAAUGAUCGGUGUGGCCAACAUCGAGUGCACGCGGUAUCGCCCCGAGUCUCUCAGAGAGCGGAUCCAUACAGACACACAUUCCCCGGCAGAGUUUAGAGUUAACGGAGUCCUGAAGAACUUCCCAGAGUUUAGUAAGGUGUUCCAGUGUGGCUGUGAGGACGCUAUGAAUCCUGAGAAUAAGUGCGUUGUUUGGUAAUCCUGGUUAAAUUAG